AUGGCUCGUCUUCGGAUACCGUCAAGGCAUGCGGCCAUCGCUGCCACCGUCCUCGUAUUCCUUCAUCUCGCCUCGUCGGCUGCCGCUGCUGGUGCCGCCUCGAAGCGCACCUGCUACUUCCCCGACGGCUCCGUCUCGUCCGGCGACUUCCCCUGCGCCGACACCGGCACCACCCACUGCUGCAACGCCGGAAGCGCCUGCUUGUCCACGGGUUACUGCAUGAGUGCCGAGAAGUCCCCGUACUUGAUUUCGCGCGGCAGCUGCACCGACAACGCCUGGGGUCCGGGCUGCCCGGCCAAGUGUGCCGGCAUCAACGACAAUCCCAAGGGCGGACUGCCCAUCAGCUGGACGGGCACGUCCAGCAAUGCCGGGUCGCCGCUGUACUGCUGCGGACCACUGGCCGUCAAGAAUGGCAACAUUGCGUGUGCCAACAGCGAAGACAUGUUUGUGCUGGGCGCGUCGGAGCUCAUGUUUGGCGUCGCCAUCCUGGCCAACACCACGCAGACCAAUGGGGCGUCGGCAUCGUCGAGCAGCAGCGUGCCGGCCGCCUCCGCCUCGGACGCGGCUUCUUGCUCGUCCGCUGCCUCGCCCGACAGCUCGGGCGGCUCCUCGUCGAAUGCAAAGUCUUCCUCGCCCAGCGUUACAGCCGUCGGCGCCGGUGUGGGCGUCUCGCUGGGCGUCGUGGCCGCCACGUUUGCGACCUGGGCGCUGUACGAGCGCCGCAAGCGCCACCAGCAGCUGCAGGCGUUUAUGAACGGCACCGCGCCGCCCGGCAUGGCCAUGGCACAACCUGUCCACAACGCUGGCGGUCCAGGCGGCGGCGCAGCGGGUGGCUACGGCGAUGCGACGCACAUGAACAACACGGGCACGCCCUUUUCUCCGCACAGCACGACGGGGGGCACGCCAAUGUCCAACUCGCCUGGCAACGGCGGCCUUGCUGGUGUCUAUGCCGCCAACAGCAGCGGCACCAAGUCGUACCCCGACGGGCAGCAGCCACUCGUUGAGCUGUCUGCAUACCCGCGGCAGGUUGAGGAGCUGCCGGCCCACGAUGAGCGUUAG